UGUACAGUGGUGGUGAGGAAUUGGUUAGAGGAGAUGAAGAAGAAGCGAAAAAAUGGUUGGUAAUGUUUGGCAUGGGUCCCCCACCCGCAUUCAAUGCCAUUGUUUCUGAAUUAUUAUCUCUCUUUUCUCAUUGGUACACAAAUUUCAAAACUCUUCCUCGUCUCGUCCCUAACCUAAGCAAAGCUCACACACAGCAUUCUCUUCCUUCCACCUGUCCACAUCCAAAGCACUCUUCUUUUGUCUUCUCUUCCAUUAUUACUCUCUCUCUCUCUCUCUCUCCCCCCUUUCUCCUGCAUCAUAAUUCUCUAUCUCUCCCAAGUGUUUUCCAAGUGUUCACUGUUCAUUUCUUUACUAAAAAAGGACAAUCAUGCAGGAGGUUGAGGUUGAAGCCGCCACCGCCGCUUCUCCACCACCUCCGCCUCGCCGUGUUCUUCUUAUAUCCGCCGGUGCUAGCCACUCUGUUGCUCUUCUCUCUGGAAAUGUUGUUUGCUCCUGGGGUAGGGGAGAAGAUGGACAAUUAGGUCAUGGUGAUACUGUUGAUAGACUUUUGCCCACUCAACUCAGUGCAUUGGAUGCUCAACAAAUUGUCUCUGUUGUUUGUGGAGCUGAUCAUACUAUUGCUUAUUCAGACUCACGUGUUGAAGUAUAUAGUUGGGGAUGGGGUGACUUUGGACGGUUGGGUCAUGGUAAUUCUAGUGACUUGUUCAUUCCCCAACCUAUUAGAGCAUUGCAAGGACUAAGGAUAAAGCAACUUGUUUGCGGGGAUAGCCACUGUUUGGCAGUUACCAUGGAAGGCGAGGUUCAGAGUUGGGGGCGGAAUCAAAAUGGUCAGCUUGGACUAGGCACUACGGAUGACUCGCUUGUGCCACGAAAGAUUCAAACAUUUCAGGGAAUACCUAUCAAAAUGGUUGCUGCUGGGGCUGAACAUAGUGUAGCCAUCACUGAAAAUGGAGAGCUGUACGGAUGGGGUUGGGGCCGAUACGGAAACUUGGGACUGGGAGAUAGAAAUGAUCGCAGUAUUCCAGAGAAAGUUUCUUCUAAUGAUUUGCAGUGUGACACGAUGGUCAUGGUUGCUUGUGGCUGGCGGCAUACAAUAUCUGUUUCAUCGUCUGGUGAACUAUACACAUAUGGAUGGAGCAAAUAUGGCCAACUAGGACAUGGAGAUUGUGAGGAUCAUCUUGUGCCUCACAAGCUUCAAGCCUUGAGUGAUAAGCUAAUUUGUCAGGUGGCAGGUGGUUGGAGGCAUACUAUGGCACUCACAACUGGUGGAAUUCUUUAUGGAUGGGGCUGGAAUAAGUUUGGACAAGUUGGAGUUGGUGACAAUGUUGAUCGCUGUUCUCCUGUGCAAGUGAAGUUUCCCCAUGAUCAGAAAGUAGUUCAAAUGUCAUGUGGGUGGAGACACACAAUUGCUGUUACUGAAAAAGACAAUGUAUAUUCUUGGGGAAGAGGCACAAAUGGGCAACUUGGGAUUGGCGAUACCGUUGACUGGAAUAGUCCAAAGAUUAUCGAGGCUUUGAGUGUUGAUGGAUCUUGUGGGCAGCACAUAGAAUCCUCAAACACAGAUCAAUUAUCAGGAAAAAUCUUUGCCUCCUUAGCUGAGAGAUAUGCAGUUGUACCAGAUGAAGCUGCGUCACUGCAAUCUGUAGAUAGGCUCGAUCUUAGUGUCCCAGAGAGUGAUGUCAAACGGAUCAGAGUUUGAUUUACUAACGAGUAAAGGUCUCCUUUUGACGAGAACGAUGCAUCCAAUCAAAGUCUCUGCCUCAGCAGUCCAUGGGGAUCAGCUUCAACUUCUCUAUCAUUUUGGCUAUUAACAUGAUUAUUGUAAAGUAAUAUAUAUCCAUUAUUAUGAAAAAUAUUGCAUAUGAUAUGACUCUUCUAUAUAUAUUAUUAAUCAACAAGAAUACAUUUACAA